ACCUGUCAUCUUGACUGGUGCACAGAUUCCAAUUUUCGAAACUAGAUCCGAUGGUCGUGACAAUUUCUUAUCAGCCUUGAUAAUGGCUGGGGGUGGAUACAAUAUUGCAGAAGUUUGCGUAUUCUUCGGUCACAAGUUAUACAGAGGUAACCGAACUGUAAAAACGAGUUGUGAUGCUUUGCAAGCAUUUACGAGUCCGAAUUAUCCGCCACUAGCUGUUAUGUCGAUAACGGUUGAAAUUGAUAGAGCCGCACUUAUACGACCCAAAGAAAUUGAAAGAUUGUCAGUUCACACUGAUUUAAACCCAAAUGUAGGUCUUUUACGUAUUUUUCCUGGUAUGUCAGGUGAUACAAUACGAUCUUUUUUGAGGCCACCUGUAGAAGGAAUAGUUCUGCAAACUUUUGGCGCAGGUAAUAUACCUUGCAGCAGAAGUGAAUUAACAGCAGCCCUCACAGAAGCCUCUGAACGAGGUGUAAUAAUUGUCAACAUAACCCAGUGCGCCAAAGGCUCGGUUAGUGAGGUGUAUGAAACUGGACGAGUGUUACGUGAUUGUGGAGUUAUUUCCGGGGUAGAUAUGACCCCGGAAGCUGCCCUAUGCAAACUUUCGUAUGUCCUGUCUAAACCCGAGUGGGACCUUCCUACGCGGCGUUUCAUGAUGCGCACUAGCUUAAGGGGAGAACUGACCGAUGUCACCACGGAAGAUACAGAAGAUUUGAUAGAAGCAGUAGCAAGAUGUUUGAAAGUAACUUCAAAAAUGCAAAAGAAAAACUUGAAUAACAUUUUAUACCCAUCAAUGCUAAAUAAUGCUGUAUUAGCAGAUGACAUAGAACGAUUAGAAGAGUUGCAUAAACAAGGCGCAGAUUUUACAGCUGUUGAUACAGAGGCACGAACAAGUUUGCACGUUGCUUGUGCUAAUGUGGACGUAUCAAUUGAAGUUGUUAAGUGUUUGCUAAAGCUCGGCGCCAACGUACAUGCAAGAGAUGUUCGUGGUAGAACACCAUUAAGAGAUGCAAUAGAUCAAGACAGACACGAGGUAAUAAGAGUUUUAAGAAAAGCUGGAGCCCAUCUGGUUUCUUCUUGCGGCAAUGAUUUGGUCCAGGCCGCUGAGAAAGGAUUACUUGUCAGGUUGGAAGGCUAUAGAUUAGCAGGAGCUGACUUAUCCCAAUCUGAUGCUAGCGGAAGAACGGCAGCUCAUGCAGCUGCAUUGCACGGAAGACGUGAUGUCAUCGAAUACCUCCUGCGUCACGGUGUAUCGACCGAGGUUAAGGAUAUGCUAGGAUUGACUCCGAACGAUUACUCGAAAUUGAUCGAGAAAAAGACAUUAGAUAGCACAUCUUUGAAAACAAACGGAGAUUACAGAAAUGGAGAACAUACGAACGGAAAUUAUACCAAUGGAUCACAUAAAAAUGGAAUACAUAAUAUUAUCAAAACGAAUGGAUUAUGA